GGGAGAGAAAAGCAGGAGCUGCGUGAGGCGGUGGCUCGCACUCCGUUUUGCCCUAUUAUGGUCACGAGCGUGACAGCGCGCGCUACCCAGCAUGCGCCGCGGUGUCAGGCUCCACCACAGCCAAGAUGACCGACUUUGAGGAGCCGCUCUCAGACGGGGAGAAGGUCCGCAUCGCAGCUAACUUUGUGACCCACGCUCCCCCUGGAGAAUUCAAUGAAGUGUUCAAUGAUGUGCGACUUCUUCUUAACAAUGACAACCUCCUUCGGGAAGGGGCCGCACAUGCCUUUGCUCAAUAUAACAUGGAUCAGUUCACUCCUGUCAAACUGGAUGGGAGUGAGGAGUCGGUUCUGAUCACUGAGCAUGGAGAUCUGGGUCAGGGACGGUUCUUCGACCCACGGAAGCGGGUGUCAUUUCGUUUCGAUCACCUGCGAAAGGAAGCGAGCGACCCUCAGCCUUACGAGGGAGAGACUGCGCUCCGAUCCUGGAGGGAUGCCUGUGAUGAAGCACUCAGUGCUUACGUGAAAGAGCACUAUCCCACUGGAGUCUGCACGGUGUAUGGGAAGACUGUUGAUGGACAGCAAACAAUUAUUGCUUGUAUUGAGGGCCAUCAGUUCCAGCCCAAAAACUUUUGGAAUGGCCGGUGCCGGUCAGAGUGGAAGUUCACCAUUAGUAAGUCAUCAGCUCAGGUUGUGGGUGUAUUGAAGAUCCAGGUGCAUUAUUAUGAGGAUGGUAAUGUACAACUGGUGAGCCAUAAAGAGGUGGAGGAGUCUAUUGGAGUGACUAAUGAAACCCAGACUGCCAAGGAAUUUGUAAAAAUCAUUGAAAAUGCUGAAAAUGAUUAUCAGACGGCCAUCAGCGAGAACUACCAGACCAUGUCAGACACCACCUUCAAAGCUCUCCGCAGACAACUGCCCGUCACUCGCACCAAGAUUGAUUGGAACAAGAUCCUUAGCUACAAGAUCGGCAAAGAGAUGCAAAACGCUUAGAAAUCGACCCAGUUCCUCUUCCUUCUGUUCAAGUGUGGAGCCGGCGCUCAGAACACCACAUGCUGUAUGCUCAAAAUGAAGAAGCCUCCCCAAAAAAAAAUCAAAUUAUAAUAAAAAAAAAAAAGUCAAAAAAACUAUUUCUGGUUUAACACAGGAUGUGAUUCCAUUCGACUUUGUCAUUAAUGAAUGGGUCUCAGCCGUGGAUGAGGUUCGAAUGAGAACUCGGAGAGAAUCGUGGAUCUAAAUUAUCGGCAAUUGAUGGUUUUCUCCCAUUUACCUGCUCGCAAGUCACUCGAAGAGUUUGUAUUGUUUUGAUUUUUGUCUUUUUUUUUUUUGUGAACUGUGACAGCUGCAAUGCUUGUGCAAACGGUUUUGUGUUUUGAAAUGGUGGAUAAGUAAUGUCUCACUCACUGUAUCUCCAAACCCCAGUCAGACGACAAUCUCACCUUUUCCACCUCCUCCACCUACUGACAACCUCAACUCUCCAGGCUCCAACAGGGAAUGCAUGAGGUCAGGAGAGGAGAGGAGGGGAAUGGGCUUUGUGUCUGGGUUUGGAAUGGCCAUCUGUCUUAACUGCUCUCACUGUGUCUUUGUCUAGCAGUGACUCACAGUCUGCUAAACUAAAAUGGUUUAAUAACCCCAAAAGACAUAGUAAAUAAAUCCAUGGAUAAUCCUCUUUGGUGGCAAAGACACCCAGAUUAAUUAUUGAUUUUUAUAUUUAUACACCAGCUGAAUUGAUUUCACGUAUAGAGGUUCAGACUAUCUGUAACAGGUACUUGUGAUGCAUUUAAGGUGUCCACAGUCUGCAACAUAUCCACAACCCACACAGUAAAUCUGUCUCUCUGUCCAGAGCACUGAGGGCUCCAUCAGUGUUGCAACUGCAUGUCUCUGCGAUACUGCUUUCACGUUAACCUUGUUUGUCUUGACUGUUCCAUCAAUGAUCCUCUGUAAAAUACACCCAUUCUUUAAGAUUAGCAUAUUCUCUGUCUCUCAUAACCUUUAUUUUUUCAGUGUAAUUCAUGCAAACGUAAUGUCUGCUCACAGUAAAUGGCACCAAAAUUA